CAUUAUUAACGGGGCUGGAAUCUCGAUUAGUGCAACGCGUGUGAGAGCGAGAACGGGGUAUAGUCGGUUAUAUCACACGCACAGUAUACUCUCCCCUCCGUCUUUCGCUUAUCGCAGCCUCGCUUGCAUGCGGAUCAUCCACGGUCUUUCUGUGCUAAAACUCAUGGCGUAGGGCAUAACACGACCCAAGUAACCUUUCUGGAAUACCAUUUGACUGGUAGCGGACUUCAUACGGAAAGAAAACAUUAACUACGCCCGACGGGACGCUUUCAUAAAAACUCACAAGGAAUUAAGCAUCCAAGAUAAUAACCUGACAUAUACGGACAGAACAGGGUCAAAUCGAACAUUACCAGGGAACGUGAAGAGGCAGGCAAUUUGAUUUAACGUUCUUAAAAAGAAAUUCAGACACUGAGGAGAAUCUAGCUAAGGAACAAUGUCAGUUGGUAACAAGCCAAGCUACAAGGGGCCCAAGAUCGAGGUCCGUCAACAGUCGAGGUCGAUUGAAGAAGGCAAGAGAGUCAACCUGUUCUGCAGACUUACAGAAGAACCCGAAUCAGUACACUGGAUCCUGGAUGACGAGGACUUGAAGAGCGGCGGUCGGUUCAAGGUUUGGAACGACAAAUGCGAUUGCUACUGCCAGAUCCUCGUCACCAAAGAAGACGACGCCGGGCUCUACGUCUACAAGGCCCGCAACAAGCGGGGAGAAUGCUGCACCACCUUCAGCCUCCACGUCAUACCCGCCGUCAAACCUCUCAGUGACGUAGACGUGAAGGAGCUUCUUUGGCAGAACACCCAACAGAACGAAGAGCUUGUAAAACCAAUAGUAUCUAAAUAAUUUUGUUUUUUUAAAUAUGCAAAUGUAAAAGACGUUGUUUGGCAUCAAAUGGGUUCCGCGUCAGACGUCACCACCACCACCAUCAUGCAUGAGAUCUUUAUGCUUGAGAUCAUCAGACAUUUUAGUUCUGGCAUGGGGAGCGUUCAUCAGCAUGUGUCGUCUGAUAAGUUGUCGGAUCAGACAAAUUUCAUUAAAAUUUGAUUGGCUGAAAAGCACCGUUACUGUGGUAACUGUCGGAUAAAACAGCACCUGUUGGAUAAACCAGCCGACAGGUGUUUCCAUGAAACGCCCCCGGGACAGCGUCUCAUUAAAAAGUGCCGUGAGAGAAGUUGUCCGAUCAGACAACUUUCCUUGAUAUUGAUUGGCCGAGAGGCACUGGUGUCUGACUGUUACCAUGGUAACUGGCGGCUACAGCUGACCUUGUCGGAUAAAACACCCGAUAGGACCUUUCAUGAAACGCACAAAAAAUCUUUUGGAAGACUUGUCAAUGUCUGUCCCAUGCAACAAUACAAUGAAUGUUCCCAGCUUCAACUGUAGAAAUACCACAGUGAUUGGCGUUGUCACGGGACGGGACAGCAUUGACAACGUUGACGCUGUCUGAUGGAUGAUAAUCAUAACAAUUAUUAUUAGCACAAAGGCAAUCUCAAUCGCAAAUGCGAUUCAUGAGCCCUCGGCUUGUAUCCACAGGCCCGAAAGCAGGUGGCGAUGCAAUCAAAAUAACUCCUUAAUGACUGCAAACUGAUAUGAACGCGCGCCUCCAGCCAGUUAACAAGAAGUUCUCCUUCAAUAAUUGUGGCAAAAAUAAAUUCUACAUAAUUAUAAGUGGCACCAAACGGCCGAAUUUUUAUGUACCAUUAUCCAUUCAUCUACCACGAUCCAUUUUCAUUUACUCAAUUGAUUUCAAAAUCAACUUUUCAAAUCCAUUUUCUUGAAUACGCGGUACCCGUCUGAUGCUUAACAUUGUGGGAUUUGUUCAUUUUUUUUCGAGGACAAAAAUCCAAGUUUUUGAUUUUUAAAAGUGGUUCGUUGAGGUCUUCCUGCCAACUUGGUUCCCUCCGCUAUAUCCAGAUAUUAAGAGGUCUUCCGAGUUUUCAUUUAAAGUAUUGAUAUGAUAUUGAUGAGAUGAUGUUCAUGUCAAUUGCGAUCUAUACAAUGAAGGUGAAUUGUGUCUGUCAAAUUGAAAAGCAACUCGUAAUUUACUCGUUCUGUAAAACAGUAUACUUGAUGGUAAAUUGUAUCUGUUGAAUUGAAAAGAGAAACAAUUUGCAUUGUAAAAUGUUAUUUAUUCACUGGAGGUAAAUUGUAUCUGUUGAAUUUAAAGGAGAAAAAAAAAUCUGUAUUGUAAAAUAUUAUACAGUGAAUGUAAAUUGUCUGGUAAAAUUAAGUGAGAAUAAUCGGUACGGCGUUACUCUUAUUUUAUUUGCAGGACGUUCGAUAAUCAUCAUAACUCUUUGAAGAUUGUCUUUGAAAAUAGCAAGCAACAAUUAUUAUCUUUAUCAGAAGAAAAUGGCUUUCAAUGCAACGGUUUCUUUCAUUUAUGUACCGGAAAACUCCCUGAAUAUUAUAUAGGCCUAUGUACAUGUACAAAGGACUAUUGAAAAUUACCACACUAGAUAAAACAUAAUUCCUUUAUUGACUUCAGAGAAAAUACCAGUUACACAAUAUAGCUUGUUUUAUAAUAAUUUCUUUUUAGAAACUUAUUACUAAAAGCAGUGAAUGGGAAAAAUUUGAAGGGCAGGUUUUUAGAUAUGGUGAGAUAAUCCUACAAUAGGUAAACGGGGAAAAGAAACAAUAUUGAAUCAUUGAUCAAUUUUGUUCGUCCAAAGUUUUUGUAUGUCGAAUCGGCGAAAAAUUCAAUGAAAUUCAAUUAAGGAAUAGCAUGUACAUAAUAUACAGAACAAUUAUUUUUAUUAUAUAUAUUUUUUAGAGGGAGACACCCCAGCCCCAACCAUUUAAGCGCGUGACGAAAAACGAACAAACAAACAUUUUGUGACCCGUUUUCAUCUUUUACUGACACCCGACUACAUCAAAGUCCAAUCAUCAUUAGCAUUCGGUUAUCAAAAGCAGAAUGGGUAGUCUAUUAUGGCUCCCUUAGCUAGCAGAUUCCAACUUAAUUUGUUAUUUGUCAUGUAUUGUUGAAGUUACAUAAUAUUAUUAUCGAAUUUAUCGGGGUUAACAAAAAUGAUCUUAUAUGCCAACCCCCUCUUUCUCUCCCCCUCUCUCUAUAUAUCUCCAUCUUAAGGCCCCAUCACACUUAUUCGGAGUCAGCAGGAAUCAAGCAGAAGCUAGAACGAAAAAAAUAUUAAAAAAUAAUCUAGAAAUUUUUGGAAGGAACUUAUGAAUUCACCAAACUGGAGUUGAAAUUCAGUAAAUCGACUAGGUGAAUCAUUAUACACUAGUCAAAAUGAACCGCAAUGGAGUCAGAUUGACAAUUCUUGCUACAUUCUUGUACAUUCUAAAUAUUCUGACUGCAUUCGAAAUAUUUUUGUCAUUUCGUUUGGCCGUCCCGAAGGUUUUGGUCAUGUUCAAAACAUUCGAGGGGUAUUUUCGAACGGUGUUCGAAGUAGAUUUAAAUGACCAUGCAACUGGUGGUCGAACAAUAGUCCUUUCAUUCCGGUCAAUUCUGCUUGAUUCGGAAUAAGUGUGAUGGGGGCUUAACCCCUAAACCUCUUCCUCUCUCACAUCCACAUAUUUCUAACGCCAAGAUCAAAAAUAAAUGUUGUACAUAGUGUAUAUCUUCAUUGGAGACUUGGAUUCCUUUUUGCAGUGUCUGUUUCAGUAGAGAUUGACCCUCGCCCCAUUAUCCUUUUAAUCGCCUCUUGUUGGUCACAAGUUUUUAGUAUACUUGAAAAUAUAUACAUCACUUUCCCAUUGGUGAACAGAAAGACGAGAGCGGCAAUACAAAUAACAUUUCAAAUUUCUCUGUGUGGCAUGAAGAGUGAUGCGAGGUUCAUUUGCAUAAGAAAACCUCAAUAUGCGAAUUGCAGGAGCAAGACUUUCCUGAAUACAUGUGUGCAAUGGGCUUCAUUUUUUUUUCUUUACUUCUAAGAUUGAAUAUUGAUAUGACCAUACGCAGGGGAGGGGGCAGUUGCCCCCCCCCCCUGAAAAAAAUGUCUGCGUAUGGCCAUGAAUAUUUCAUAUCUAGCUUUAAUGGUAGCAUAUAUUUCUUAUUUACCGAUACCAAAUGUAAUAUUCAAAAUACCAUAUACCUUAUUUCAAAUUAUGAUUUGAUUCAGAUGUGGGCUUUUGAAAAAUGAUCACAAUUGUUAUUUCAAAUGUGUGCUUUUUAAUAUUCCCUUCCAUUCGUGUGCUAUUUUUCAAAGUAUGGUGAUGGAAUUGAAGUUGUUUAAAUUAUGCAAGAAUAAAGGUAAGCACGAUCGUAGCCUCUCUUCCUAUUUUAUACAACACUUUACCCAGAAUAAUAUUAACUGGGUCUUGCAUUGAUACACGGAGGCUGAUGUGGGAUAUAGAUAUAGCGGCUUUCAACCAUUUUGUGCCUUUCAGUGUUAAGCAAGUUACUGAAUAUACAAUGUUGGUCGAAUUCAAAUGCCUCGGUGCCUUGAAUCUAAGAGAAAAUGAAUUUUAGGUGUACAUGAUCUAUGCUGGGUGGGUAAUAUAUUUUUAAAAGGAAACGCAUUAUUUUUGGUUUCACAUUUUAACAGUUUCUGUUGGGUAAAUAUGGAUGAUACACUGUAAUGUAAUACUUAUACUUAUAUCGAUGUAAAGGUUGUCAUGGAAUUAAAUGUGUUAUCGUUCACCUGUUUUAAAUAUA